AUGCCAUUUCGUACUCCCCGGCGACGUAUCUCGCCAAGAACUAAACGCCGCGUUCGAGCUAUCAAAAAUUUCUUUAAAAAAACUCUUGGAACAUCAUCACAAACGGACUGCAAAACAACUUCUAGUAUAAUUAUUAGUGUAUCAGAUUUAAAAAGUAAAAUAGAUAUCAUAGAACAACAAUUAGACAAAGUAAGCAAACAUUGCCGUGAUUUGUCCUGUCUCGAAAACAGUAUUAAGAGAGCAGAGAGCUCAACUACCCAAAAUAUAAGCAAUGACAAGCGAUCACUCAGCGCUGGUACGAACAGUAAAAAAAGUUUAAGAGGUGUGGAAACAAGAAUUAUAUAUAAGACGCCCAAACAAGACUAUAUAAAAUCUGAUGAAAGCGAGUACGCAACAAAGUACCAACCUAAUGAUAAAAAGAAAACAAUCAAUUCACGAGCAUCUCCUUCCAAAUACAAUCAAGAUUUCGAAGACAGAACUUCUAAGCAAAUUAGAAAUAACGAAAAAUCUGAUAAGAAACGAGCUAUGUCCGGUAUACGUCCUGAAAAACAAAAAUUGUAUAGAGCUUCCUCAAGUAUUAAUCUUUACUCACCAAAAGAUAAAGAUAGAACAGAUCCAAGUUGUUCUGGAUAUCAUCGAAGUAGCAAACAUAAAGAUUCGCAUCAUGCUGAAAGAGCAAUUCAUCACGAGCAAAGAGAAAGGAUAAAAAACGACCGUCGAGAUAUGCAUCUUAUUGAUGAUCAGCAUAAAAGUCGCAGGAAAAAACACAAGCUUGCAGACUUUGAUGAAGAAUUUAUAGCCGAUAUUAUAAGAAGGCAAUAUAAGCCUGUACAGCUAUUUGGUAGGCGAUUAUCCGACUACAGUCAAUUUUCAGCGCCAGUUUGUCGUGACCAGGAAUUUUCGCCUCGUAACGACCUCGAGGAAGGAAGUGAAUUAUGUUCUUGCUGCUAUGAAGGACAACGCAGAGUCAGUCAUCGAUAUUGCAAUAAACAUGACGUAAGCGAUAUGAGAAGUAUUUGUGAUGCACGCCUAUAUAGUUCGAAAAGACACAAACGAUAUAAACAAGCUUAUAUUAAUAAUUACAAUGAUUCAACUGUCUAUGAUUUAGUGCCCGUAAAAGAGAAAACAAGUCCGAAAUCUAGACGAAAAUUUAUUGAAGAAACUUUAAUUCCAUAUGAAUGUUAUAAGGAAGUUCCCCCAUCGCCAAGGACGCACAGACCACGCCUUAAUCUAAAAACUCAACAUUACGAUUACGAAGAUAGUAUUGCACCAAAGCGACGUAAUAAACAAGUUCCAGGUCGAUCCCAUAAACAUAAUGAUAUUGAUGAAGCAAGUGAACAUUCAGAUAACUCUUUUAACGAAAAUUUACACAAAAAGGAGUCUUUAAGACCGAUUAAAGUACAUGAUACUAAUUUACAAUGCUCCACGAAUUGUACUGAGCCAAACAAUAUAAAUAACGAUACGCUCAUAACACACGUCACUGAAUCGACAACAAAUAAAACAGAUCAGGCCUUGUUUGAAAUAAAGGAUAUUUUACAAAGCUUCCUACAAGAAAUCAAAAAAGAAACAACUUUGAGUAAUACUCAAAUAAAUAGUGAGCCUAUAAAGUCUCCCGAAACACAAACAGAUCAAAAAAAUAUCCCCAGCCAAGUACAAAACACUGGACAAAACUUUUGUACUUUGAAUAACCUCGGUCAGUGCCCAGUAUCUCCUUUUAUGCCACCGUUCACGAAUCCUUGCUGUUAUCCAAUUCUGCCCAUAUGUCCUAUCAAUUGCUCCCCAAACGGUUAUGUACUUCCCACACCGAGUUAUACGUGUGCAAAUUGCGCAAAUAGUUCUAAAGAAACAACUUGUCACAACAAUAAAUCCUCCUCUAACCAUAAACACCCUCAACCUUAUGAUGAAACACAAGAACUCAUAAAAGAGAUUUACAAAUUUGUUGCACAAAGUCCAAAUACUCCAACUUCAAAACGCUUCAAUCAUGCCAAUGAUCACACGGCGAACAUUGAAAAGAAAAUAUUAACAUCUAGAAGCGUUGGCAGUUCCAACGCAUCUAAACGAGAUGUAAUGGUCGAGACACCUCAGAUGAAAUGUUAUUCAAAAAGUUGUGAAGCAAUUGGGUCAAGAAUGACUACAGCCACUUACUACUCGACUAAUCCUAGCUAUUCUGAUACUGUUUUAGAAAAACUAAGCUUAGAAGUAUCAGACUCAUCAUCGGAAUUUGGAUUUGAUAAGGAACCCACUGAAAAGAUGAAAAGACACAAAUUCUCAAAGGUAUUACAAAAAAUUGGUUUGUUUAAACGAAAGAAAAAAGAUAUUAUAGAAGAAGUCAGUGAAAGCGAAAGUACAGUCGAAGUCAAACUCAGACACAAUUCUAAACCGCCAUUUCCUCAACACAUUAUGGACUAUUCCGUUCACAGGCAAGAGUAUUUCCAUCCACCGCCAAUUCAUGAUAGCAGAUAUUGCCAUGCACACGACGCACCGCACAGACAUGCGUGCGGUGAUGAUGGAUACGGUCCAAGGACAUCACCGUAUAAUGCUCAUAAGCACAGACAAUGUCAACAUGAUCAUUCAACUCCACAUUGCUAUCACGUGCAACCCAGAGAAGCAGCACCAUGUUGUAACCAUGACUACGACGCACAUUAUAAUAACUUACCUAAAGCUCCUCAAGUCCCGCUAUGUUUAAAAGAAAUCGAAGUGAAAAGUACCGGUACGCAGAGCGAUAGAAAGAUGUCCAUAUUCAAGAAAUUCAAAAAGAAAACACAACCGCCACUAGUCCAGCGGCCGGUUAUAAUGCAACAACAGCACAGCGGCGGGACACAGACUGCCAAAGAAAAAAAUGUGUUGUUUAAUUGGAAAACAUUGCAACAAAAGGCCAAACAAGCGAGUAGCAAUUCAGAUCCAAUGAAAUUUUCCCUUAAAACACAAAAGCAACUCGCCGAAGGCGAUAUGAAAUUAAGAAAUGCUAUGUUGAAGAAGCUAUUUUAUAAAAGGAAUCCAUUUUCUCCGAGAAAUUUAAUCGUGCGUACUUUGCUUGGAAAAGACAAAUCUAGUUGGGGUGAACCCCCAAAAAUGUACAGGCCACGAAUGUUUAUAUAG